AUGCCCAAGCUGGGCCAGCUCAAGGACGUCGCGAAACUGCUGUCGCUCGGAUCGGCCGUCCUCGACCAGACCAGCGGAGCAGGUGGCGCCGGGUCGACGACCGUGUGGGAUGUGUCUUGGGGCAGCGUAUUCCAGGAGCUGCUCACCGCGCACGCCUUCAGCGGGAAGACCGAAAUCGUCGACGUCGAGACUACCGCACCAGAACAGGCCGGCAAGGGGACACCCGCGCAAGCAAAACUAGGAGGAAAGUCUUCGACCAACAUGCCUAUGCCCAAGAACGGCGCCUUCUGCCGUCCACAGGAGUAA